CAAGAUCGAGCAUGUGGAGCGCAAACUCGCCACGCCACGCUGCCGGAGAACACGAGAUCUGUGACGGUGGGAAAGUUCAGUGAUCAAAAUAGCCACAUUCCUGCUUAUUUGAAGUUCAUUUGGUACUCUUCUGCCUUCUUGAAGAUCCCUGAACAAUGGGUGAAGGUGAAGUGAAUCCCAAGGCAUUCCCUCUGGCAGAUGCAACCUUGACCCAAAAGCUUCUCAACCUGGUGCAGCAGGCAUCAAACUACCAACAGAUUAAGAAAGGUGCAAAUGAAGCCACUAAGGCUCUGAACAGGGGCAUGGCAGAGAUGAUCAUCAUGGCAGCAGACACUGAACCCCUGGAGAUCUUGCUUCAUCUGCCACUACUGUGUGAGGACAAGAAUGUGCCAUACGUGUUUGUCCGUUCCCGCACAGCACUUGGACGUGCAUGUGGAGUGUCACGUGCUGUAAUGGCCUGUGCAAUCCUGAGCAAUGAAGGAUCUCAGCUUAAGCCCCAAAUCACUCUUAUGCACCAGGAAAUUGAAAAGUUGUUGGUUUAAGAAUGUAUGUAGUGUGCAUGUGUGUGUGUGUCUUCAUUUAUUCAUUCAUUCACGUGUUCAUUUGUGUGUAUGUUGUGUGUGUGUGUGUGUGUGUGUGUAUUCAGUGUGAAAAAAUUGUAGACCUGUAUUUUGUGCAUUCCACUCUUAUUGAAUGCAAAUUUUUCACAUGAAAAUAAAGUGUGCAAGUCAG